UGGGUUACUGAUCUUGGGAUAUUCAUAGGCCUUUUAUAUCGAAACGGAGGGAGUAUUGGACUUCGUGGAAUUAAGAGACCCUAGAAUGGAGCCAGCUACCUGAGAACCACCAUUGAAUUGAGGCUGUUGGAUCAUGAUGUUGAACGGCCAGAUCUUUCUGUGAUUCUGUCCUCCAUGCACCUGGACUCUACAUUUGGGGAAUGUACCCUAAAUUUGGCCUCCAAGACUCGUGUGGUUUUCCAAUUACUUUUCUCCAUCUGUCUCUGCCCUGUGCGUUAGCGCCGUCCAGGGAAUAAAGGGCGCAUGUUCCUUGGUCCCCUGCGGACUGGAAAGCGAGGGCGAAAGUAUCUGAAGACGCGCCGUCACACGUCCCCACAACAGCACUCCGCUUCACACUCUGCUCUGCUUCGCCCUCCCCUCCUUCCACCCGCAACGGUAGGAUUCACAUCCUCCAAUCAGCUGCUUCCAGAUCGUACGAGCCCCAAUGGUGGCGGCCUCGCCUCCCCUUCUCCACCUUGCCCUCCCCCUCCUCCUCUUCGCCGCCCACGCGGCUGUCGGCAGCGCCGCAGGGGCCGUCGCGGUGAGCAGUGGCGGUCAGCUCUGGUGCGUCGCGAAGAAUAACGCCGAGGAUGGCGCGCUGCAGUCGGCUAUCGACUGGGCUUGCGGCCCCAACGGCGGCGCCGACUGCCGCGCCAUCCAGCUGGGCGGCGCCUGCUACGAGCCGCCCGACCUCCUGGCGCACGCGUCCUACGCAUUCAACGACUACUUCCUCCGAUCCGGUGGCGCCGCCAACCCCGCCUCCUGCGAUUUCUCCGGCGCCGCCGCGCUCAUCGGCCUGAACCCCAGUCAUGGGAACUGCGUGUUUCCUUCCAGGUCAGUGCAUCCCCCAAAAACGGCAGCUUCACAGGAACAACAAGCUAUGGUCAGAACGCUGCAGAUUUAAGCGAAAGUUCUUCCUGUCAACUCAACCUGUGGUCAUUGCUUUUAUGCAUGUCUAUAUCUGUAACAAUUUUGGUCGUGUUGCAUUUCUGAGGAAUUUUCUUGAACUCCUUUCUGCAUGUAUAUGAUAAAAUGUUGAGCUGCAGCAAUGCAGUGUGUUCUCUAAGUGGUUGAAGAAUUUCUUCAGGAGGUAGAUGAGUAUAGAGAGAAAGAAAAUCCCCCUCUGAUGCUUCCCCAGUUUUCCUUCUGUUCUUUCAAAUGUGCGUUAUUUUAAAUGAGCAUUCAGAGGGGUCCUUGGUCCUUGCUCUCUUCGGUCCCAUGCACUUAUUCAACUUUGCUUCGGUUUUAAGUGUAUUAUCCUGCAUUCCCCUCCGUGAAUGCUUCAACACC